AGAGGGAGAGAGCGCAUAGAAUAUAUACAAGUAAGAACUGUAGCAAUUAUAAGCGCACGGCACGCGCUAAGCAUUUAAUAGGCAGGACGAAAGGGGCCCAUUAAAAGGAAUUAAUAAAUUGAUAAGCUAAUCAAACGUUUGUUCGUUAUUAACGCGCAUAAAAUGGCCAUCGCCGAACACGACAAUGUUUUCAUCUUUGUGCCAAAUUUGAUUGGUUAUGCGCGCAUCGUUCUGGCUCUAAUUGCCUUCUGGUUUAUGUCAACGAACUAUGUGAUCUCUGGUUGGUGUUACGCAAUAAGUGCCCUUCUGGAUGCCGUCGAUGGACAUGCAGCACGGGCCUUUAAUCAGAGCACUCGGUUUGGCGCCAUGCUGGACCAACUGACGGAUCGUUGCGGCACAACAGGUUUGCUGGUCACCCUGGCGUAUUUCUAUCCUCGCUAUAUGUUCUGGUUCCAGCUAUCAAUUGCCAUUGAUGUGGCCUGUCAUUGGCUUUAUAUGCAAACGAGCGUUAUCGUUGGUCGUGUCUCGCAUAAGGUGAACGAUAACUUUGUAAUGCGCAUCUACUAUCAGAAGGAUGUAUUGACCUUCAUGUGUUGCGUCAACGAGCUGUUCUACAUUUGCCUAUAUCUGUUAAAUUUCACCUAUGGGCCGUUGAUAUUUGGAGCUUCGCUCUUCAAAAUACUGGCAUUCCUGUCGGCUCCAUUUGCUGUGCUCAAGUCCCUGAUCUCUAUAAUGCACGCCUAUGUGGCUGGCGUUGAUUUGGCUGCUGUCGACGUGCGUGAACGUCAGGAGAAGCGUCAGAAGGAGGAGGUAGCUGUAGGUGGCAAGAAGUUGGAAUAGAUUAAACAACUGUCGUCGGCAAUUAUUUAAAAGUACUAAGCAAAAACUUUUCGAUUCCAAAAUGAACUAUGAAUAGUCGAACUCUAGUUAUAUAUUUACAUUAGCACGCUA